AUGCCGACGCUUGCGUUGAUCAACUUUAACAUUGUCUGCGCGACGCUCGGGGGUUUUAUCUCUCUUUUCGGAUUAGUCUCCUAUCUCUGCAAGGAGCGAUUUUAUCUCUCCGAAGCCUUGAUUUCGUUGCUGGCCGGAGUCGCAUUUUCUCCACAUGCAGCCAACUUUAUCAGGCCUGAGGACUAUGCUUUGCAUAAUGAGUUGAAUCUCGAGGCUAUUACUCUGCACUUUACUCGUCUGGUCCUGGGUGUGCAGCUGGUUCUGGCCGGAGUUCAGCUUCCUAAGCGGUAUCUGCAUAUCGAAUGGCGAAGUCUUUCCUUGUUGCUAGGACCCGGCAUGGCUGCCAUGUGGAUGUGCAGUAGUUUGAUUAUCUGGGCUAUGAUUCCGAACUUCCAGUUCCUUCAUGCUCUGAUCGUCGCUGCCUGUGUGACCCCGACUGAUCCUGUGUUGUCCAACUCGAUCGUCAAGGGCAAAUUUGCAGAUAAACAUGUCCCGCGCCCCCUGCAGCGGAUUAUUGUUGCAGAGUCUGGUGCUAAUGAUGGCCUCGGGUAUCCAUUCCUUUUCUUUGGUAUUUACCUUUUGAAGUACACUGGAAUGGGCGGCGAGGGGUUCAGUGGCGGUGCUGGUAAAGCCAUGGCUAUGUGGUUUGUCGAGACCUGGGUGUAUACCAUCAUUCUGAGUGUCGUCUACGGCGCUGUGGUCGGUUGGCUGUCACGUAAGCUGCUUCACUGGGCGGAGGAGAAGCGUUAUGUUGACCGGGAGAGUUUUCUGGUUUUCGCGAUUGCUCUUGCAUUGUUCAUCGUGGGUACUUGUGGUCUUAUCGGCACAGAUGACCUUCUUGCAUGCUUCAUUGCAGGCAAUGUUUUUACCCAAGACGACUGGUUCCGUCUCGAGACAAUGGACGACUCGCUUCAACCAACUAUCGACAUGCUCCUCAACUUGUCUGUCUUCAUGUGGUUCGGCGCAGUCUGCCCGUGGUCAUCUUUCCUGAACAACGACAUCAUUCCCAUCUACCGACUCAUCUUCCUGGGCAUCCUGAUCCUGCUUGUUCGACGCAUGCCCAUCGUCUUCGCCAUGCACAAGUACAUCCACCAAAUCGAGCACUUGCAACAAGCCGCCUUCGUAGGUUUCUUCGGCCCCAUCGGUGUCGGCGCCAUUUUCUACCUCUCCGUCAGCCGUGAAUUCCUCCGAGAAAUUACAGUCAACGGUGAAGUGCGCGAGGACGCCCAAAACGUCAUGGACGCAGUCAACAUCGUCGUCUGGUUCCUAGUCAUUUGCAGUAUUGUCGUCCACGGAAUGUCUGUCCCAAUCGGCAAGGCAGGCUACCAUCUCCCGCGCACCAUCUCCAGCGCGAUCAGCACAAGCACAGCCAACGAACCAGAACCAGUCCCCAUCUCCAACGUCCGCCACACGCACAGCACCGCAAUGACCUCCGAGAAUGGAGCAUCCAGUUACCGCUCUCGUAAGCGAGGUACGCGCGAGUCCCCGCGCCCACCUCUAUUCCGUAUCGGUCGUACUGUGAUUCGUCCUCGGUCCCCCUCGGACCAGCCUGGAGUAGGCCAGACUGAUGAGCCGGAGAGACCAGUUAACGUGGUUACGCAUGACCAUGUUAUUGGUACUAGUGCCGAUGGGGACCGCCAGGGUUCUAGCAGUCCUGUCUGA